AAGUUUUCUCACAAUACAUUCACGAUGAUCUAACAAUUGAAAUUAGGUAAUCUACUAUUGAAGGGUUCAUAUGGGCUGAAAGCAGUUUCUGUUCGUUCCCCAGUUUCCAGCAUUGGUAUACAUUUGCAGAUUUCGCGCGUUAAAGAAGUCUUUUCUGAGAAAAUAUGCUCGGGGCCGUUUGCGUGACUUCCGCUUCAAUGUUGAAGGGGAUUUCCCUUGGGUAUUUUCCCUGGGACAAUUCCCUUGGCCAGCUGACGUUGUUAAAAGUUGGUUAGACUGCUGACAGACGGUUUUUUCACUGAGGGUCACUUACACUGCACUUAGGCGAGUGUUUGAAGCUUCUCGCCUCAUAACCCCUGCUGAAUUUCGAGAGAACAAACAGACUGCCAGCAGUCUAAAAGUUGGUUGUCUUGAAAUUCAAAAACAAAUCAAGACUUACGGAUAUAAACAAUGAGUUUGAAAAGAGAUUUUAUUCCAAGAGCACAGAAAGGGCUAAAACGACUGCAGUCCCUAAAACCUCAUGGGAUUGUAGUGACUCUUCCAUCGGACAGCCUUCAAGUAUGGGAAGCUGUGGUGCCGGGAUCAGAAGAAUCACGCUACAAAGGUAGAAAUCCUCAAUACAUGCAGAACAAUCCACUGUUACUGUCGCCUCCUCCGCAUUACACUUCUCAUUUUCUGACGGAGGAGGGCAGGAUUUAUAACCCGUCACAGCCGUGGUUUAUGGCCAAACAAACUGGUCCGUACACCCAACAAGAGACAUUCACCUCGAGCGGGGGCCCUCAACUGCCAUUCAACUACACAACAGACCCAAGAACGCUGCUGCCUACCUCCACGAGCAAGCUUAGCAUUCCUGACCCUCCCUCCAGCUCGGAUAUUAUACAUCAUCCUCUUCCCGUGCACUCCCGUGUAAAGCCAGCUCUUCGCACCCCAAGCGGGAAAAGAUGUUGCAAGUCGCGCACAAUUUUCACGGAUCUUCAGUUGCGUGUUAUGGAGAAAACCUUUUCAGAGCAUAGAUAUUUGGACUCCACAGACCGCGCCAAAUUAUCGCAUAUCCUGGGCUUAAACGAAGCGCAGGUGAAAACCUGGUUCCAGAACAGAAGGAUGAGGUGGAAAAAGAUUGUAGCGAAAAAUGACAAGCCUGAUAGCUCGACUACGAGUAAAAUAGCAGAGAAAAACGACGCAGCUAUCGGGAAAAACAACAAAGAAACAGCCACAAAUGAAAGAGAAAAGACUCAAACUAAUUGAACAAUUCGAUACAUUGAAAUGAAAGAGGAACAAAAAUCGUAACUUUACCGUUUGUGAGAUCAUUUAUUGUAACUAAUUAGAGACGGGAAAACAGAUACUUGUGUAACUUAAGGCUUGAUAGUGUUAAUUUGACGGAAGUUUAUGGAGACGCUGGGAAAUUUGGGAAAGCAAAGCUACAUUUUAAAACCAGAUAAGAAAUUAUCAGUCAAAAUAAUGAGCGAAAGAGGAGAAAAGAACAGUUUUCUUUAUCUACACUUUGUCUUUAUCUUUAAACGCAAAUAAUUUAGACACUUUAUUCACAUCAUGCCACAAACCGUGAAUCCACAUCACAGUCGUGAAGGAAAGAAAGUUUUAAUAAAUUUUUAGCUUGACGUUGUAACGCGUUUAUCAGCUUUUUCUUGAUCACGAUACACUGCUUUUUUUUGGUGUGCUAGUAAAUUAAGCUGUCGUUUGAACAUAACUGAUCUUGUAAGCGUGAGCGGUGCGGGAAAAAAUGUUUUAAAAGUAUUUGUAAAUAUCAACUUUAGCAUUUCCUGAUCUAAUAAAAUACACAAAUCACGA